GGCCUAGGAGACGGGGUGUGCUUGAGGGAGGAGGAGGAGACGGAGGAGGAGGAGGAGGAGGAGGAAGAGGUGGAGAAGGAGGGGGUUGACUGAGCGCCUCCUGCACUCUCACACACAAACGCUGCUCAGGAUUACCCGCCUGCUCGCGCCGCGCUGCGCGCUUUUCCGCUCCUCGCGGCUCCCCCACAUUGUUCUCCCGGGACUCCUGGGUCUGCAGGGGCUGAAAUCGGGCCUGAGCCCGGGAGGAAAGAGACUUGGCUUUGGCCGAAAGGGUCGGCGGUUUGGGGCCAGGCCCCCCGCUCCGGGCUCCCCUCCCCCCGGCACUUUUGGGGGUGUGUGGAUUAUCUCAUCCCCGCAGGGAGGUGGGAGAGGACGCCGGCUGCCCGCCUCCCGGCCGCCUCCCCGGCGGCGCCGGCCCGCGGCAGCCCCGCAGUAUGAGGUGGUGCUGGCGGCUCGGGGCCGUGGCGCGGCCGCUGCGGCGGCGGCUGCUCGGGGGGCGCUGAGGGAGCCCCCCGGAGCGGCGCGGCGGACGCGCUUCCCUGGGGCGCGCCCGGGCCUCGGGGCUUUUCUCCUGCAGCCGAGAGGACGCGGCUGGGAUACGAAGAUCUUGUGUGGACAGUAAUGACCUCACGUUUCCGGUUGCCUGCUGGCAGAACCUACAAUGUACGAGCAUCAGAGUUGGCCCGAGACAGACAGCAUACAGAGGUGGUUUGCAACAUUCUUCUUCUGGAUAACACUGUACAGGCUUUCAAAGUUAAUAAACAUGAUCAGGGGCAAGUUCUGUUGGAUAUAGUCUUCAAGCAUCUUGAUUUGACUGAGCGGGACUAUUUUGGUUUACAGUUGACUGAGGAUUCCACAGAUAACCCAAGGUGGCUGGAUCCAAACAAACCAAUAAGGAAGCAGCUAAAGAAACUACUUUUAUUAAUUCUAGGAGGAUCUCCUUACAGUUUGAACUUUAGAGUCAAAUUUUUUGUAAGUGACCCCAACAAGUUACAAGAAGAAUAUACAAGGUACCAGUAUUUUUUGCAAAUUAAACAAGACAUUCUUACUGGAAGAUUACCCUGUCCUUAUAAUACUGCUGCCCUCUUAGCUUCAUUUGCUGUUCAGUCUGAACUUGGAGACUACAAUCAGUCAGAGAACUUGCCAGGCUACCUCUCAGAUUAUUCUUUCAUUCCUAAUCAACCUCAAGAUUUUGAAAAGGAAAUUGCAAAAUUGCAUCAGCAACAUAUAGGCUUAAGUCCUGCAGAAGCAGAAUUUAAUUAUCUAAACACAGCACGUACCUUAGAACUCUAUGGAGUUGAAUUCCACUAUGCAAGGACAAGAAGGCUUGAGGAGUCAAUCCCUGGUAACAUAUUUGGUGACCAUGAAGGGACAAGCAUGAGUGCAGCAGAUCAAAGUAACAAUGAAAUUAUGAUCGGAGUGAUGUCAGGAGGAAUUCUGAUUUAUAAGAACAGGGUACGAAUGAAUACCUUUCCAUGGUUGAAGAUUGUAAAAAUUUCAUUUAAAUGCAAACAGUUUUUUAUUCAGCUUAGAAAAGAAUUGCAUGAAUCUAGAGAAACGUUAUUGGGAUUCAAUAUGGUGAAUUACCGAGCAUGUAAAAAUUUAUGGAAAGCAUGUGUAGAACAUCACACAUUCUUCCGUUUGGACAGACCGCUUCCACCUCAAAAGAAUUUUUUUGCACAUUAUUUUACAUUAGGUUCAAAAUUCCGGUACUGUGGGAGAACUGAAGUCCAAUCAGUUCAGUAUGGCAAAGAAAAGGCAAAUAAAGACAGGGUAUUUGCAAGAUCCCCAAGUAAGCCCUUAGCACGAAAAUUAAUGGAUUGGGAAGUAGUAAGCAGAAACUCAAUAUCUGAUGACAGAUUAGAAACACAAAGCCUUCCAUCACGGUCUCCACCUGGAACUCCUAAUCAUCGAAAUUCUGCGUUCACGCAAGAGGGAACCCGGUUACGACCGUCUUCAGUUGGCCAUUUGGUAGACCAUGUGGUUCAUACUUCCCCAAGUGAAAUUUCUGUGAAUCAGCGAUCUCCAUCUUCAACACAGGCCAACAGCAUUGUUCUGGAAUCAUCGCCAUCACAAGAGACCCCUGAAGAUGGACAGCCUCCAGCUUUACCACCAAAACAAUCUAAGAAAAAUAGUUGGAACCAAAUUCAUUACUCACAUUCCCAACAAGAUCUGGAAAACCAUAUUAAUGAAACAUUUGAUGUCCCAUCUUCCCCUGAAAAGUCUACUCCGAAUGGCGGUAUUCCACAUGAUAAUCUUGUUCUCAUCAAAAUGAAACCUGAUGAAAAUGGAAGGUUUGGAUUCAAUGUAAAGGGAGGUUAUGAUCAGAAGAUGCCUGUGAUUGUGUCCCGAGUAGCACCAGGAACACCUGCUGACCUCUGUGUCCCUCGAUUGAAUGAAGGGGACCAAGUUGUACUCAUCAAUGGUCGAGACAUUGCAGAACAUACUCAUGAUCAGGUGGUCCUAUUUAUUAAAGCCAGCUGUGAGCGACAUUCUGGGGAGCUCGUGCUGCUUGUGAGACCUAACGCUGUAUAUGAUGUAGUGGAAGAAAAGCUGGAAAAUGAACCAGACUUCCAGUACAUUCCUGAGAAAGCCCCACUGGAUAGUGUCCAUCAGGAUGACCAUUCCCUACGGGAGUCAAUGCUUCAGCUGGCUGAGGGGCUUAUCACUGGAACAGUCCUCACACAGUUUGAUCAACUAUAUCGGAAAAAACCUGGAAUGACAAUGUGUUGUGCCAAAUUACCUCAGAACAUUUCCAAAAAUAGAUACAGAGAUAUUUCGCCUUAUGAUGCUACACGGGUUAUUUUAAAAGGUAGUGAAGACUACAUCAAUGCAAACUAUAUAAAUAUGGAAAUUCCUUCUUCAAGCAUUAUCAAUCAGUACAUUGCUUGCCAAGGGCCUUUACCACACACUUGUACAGAUUUUUGGCAGAUGACCUGGGAACAAGGCUCCUCCAUGGUUGUUAUGUUGACCACACAAGUAGAACGUGGCAGAGUUAAAUGUCACCAAUAUUGGCCAGAACCCACAGGAAGUUCAUCCUAUGGAUGCUACCAAGUCACCUGCCACUCAGAAGAAGGGAACACUGCCUAUGUCUUCAGGAAGAUGACCCUACUUAACCAAGAGAAAAAUGAGAGUCGUCAACUCACUCAAAUCCAGUACAUAGCCUGGCCUGACCAUGGAGUUCCUGAUGAUUCAAGUGACUUUCUGGAUUUUGUUUGUCAUGUCCGAAAUAGUAGGGCUGGCAAGGAAGAACCUGUUGUUGUCCAUUGCAGUGCUGGAAUUGGAAGAACAGGGGUUCUUAUUACUAUGGAAACAGCCAUGUGUCUCAUUGAAUGCAAUCAGCCAGUUUAUCCAUUAGACAUUGUAAGAACAAUGAGAGAUCAACGAGCCAUGAUGAUCCAAACACCUAGUCAAUACAGAUUUGUGUGUGAAGCCAUUUUGAAGGUUUAUGAAGAAGGCUUUGUUAAACCCUUAACGACAUCAUCACAUAAAUGAGGAAGCGAAAGGCCUGGGAUGUGUACUGGAAAACUGCUCUGCAGUGUAGUCACUGUGCCGUGGUACUGCCCACAGGAGAUGGCAUCCAACAAAGACAGAUGGAGAACUCAGAAAACUGAAAACUUCAGCACUGUUGCACUUUAUGUCUAAAAAAUGUCACUCUUUCAGAAUCUGUAACUCAUGUGUUUGAAGACUAUUUCAUGCUUUGCUCCGAACAAAUAGUGAAUAACUGAGUAUGUUCAGGGUAACGUAUGAAAUGCUGUGGUGGUGCCAUGCAGUCCCUUUCUGGUAGAAUUGCCACAGACAAGGCUGAGAAUUCUCAUCAUCUCUGUCAUACACCUGAAUCUUGAAAGCAAAAAGAAGUAAGCGUCAGGAGUCAGCUCUGGUCUUUUCCAGCAGUUCAUGGACUGUACUGCUUACCAGAUUUUCUUUUUCAAAUAUUAGCAAUAUCAUCCUCAAUAUUAGCCAGUACACUGCCUAUGGAUGCAGCACGUCUUUCCCCGCGCGGCCCUGUAGAGACCUGCUGUUCAGAAGAAAGGUGGAGUUUGCUGUUCCCAGGAAAUGCUGCACAUUGUCCAUUUACCAGCAUCUUACAGAAAGUAUAAAUACCAAUCUACAGGUUUUCUUGGAUUUAGUAAUGUAACCUAUAUUUACCAUAAGGUUGGCUUAUUCCAAAUCAUGUGAUUUCACAUACUUGAUGUAAAGGAAUGCAUGCAUGUGUCUUAACCCCUUAAGUGCCUUGAGACGUCUUUGUAUGUCUAAUGAAAAGGCACUCAUUUGACCCUACUAGGAGGUAUGUGUGUAUAUUGUACAUUCUGACAUUUUUAUGCAUUUUGAGUGAGUUCACAUUUUUAAAAACAGCUUCUUGUAUUGAGAGUUAUGCAGUCAAAGAAGGGAAAGGAAAUUCUACUUCUUAUUCAGUACUUGUAUUUUGCCAUAAGAAGCAAAGAUAAUUGUGCUACUGAGUGUGCGCUCUGCUGCUAUGGAAUUGUUCAAAAUCGGCACAUUCCUUUACUGAGGGACAGGGAUUACAGUUUAGCAGCUCAACUUAAAAAGAUGCUUUAUUUGAAUUUCAUAUUUAUUUUAGUCCCAAGUUUGGAAAUGACAUCUAACUUGCAUAUGACAGUUAAAUUUUUGGUACUCUGAGCUAAAGUUAGAGAAUGACUACUUAAUUGUGAUUCAUUCCUAUCCACAGCCAAACUAUUACUCUGCAGCACUCAUGUCUGUUACAGUCACCAUUCUUCACACUGGCCUAUUGCUUGGGAUUCAGUAACUGAGAAAUGAAAUAUGACUGAAUACUUUAUCAUGUUCAUCCUUCAAUAACUAAAAUUAAGGUUUUCUUGUCAUUGUUGUGUAUGAUUAAAUUACUCCAGUUUUUUUUUUAUAUAUAGAGAGAGAUAGAUAGAUAGAUAACUUACUAAGUUAUGAGCAUGUUGAUAAAGAGACUCUGAUUGUCCAGCAUGAUCAAGGAUCUGCUGAACAAGGCUCUGGUUCCUGUUAAGGAUGUGGAUAUUUUCCUCCUCAGGUUUUUUCUUUUUAAGUCUCCAGAGAGAACUUUUGCAUUGCCCAGUUUGAUCACCCAGUCAAACAUUACUUACACAAUCAUUUUACGUGGAUUGUGUUUAAAAUAGAUUCAUUUUUCUAGUGGUUUCUGAAUAUUUCUAUAUAGUCCUGACAAAGUUUAGAAUGAAAUGGUAGAUAUUUUGGAAUGCUUUUUAGUAUGAGGCAAAAAAAAAAAAAAGUACACUAAUAGAUCUUCAGUGUAAUUUAAAUUAUGUCACUUCACAUAUUUAAAAUCCAUAAUAAAAUAUUUCAGGAAAUUAAGCUCCUAAACAUUAAUAGCCAAGAUACCAAUACCAGAUAAGCUAUUAUUUUGUCAUUUUUAUUUUUUUGUUUUUUUUGUUUUUUUUUUUUUUUUUUGACAGGCAGAGUGGACAGUGAGAGAGAGAGACAGAGAGAAAGGUCUUCCUUUGCCGUUGGUUCACCCUCUAAUGGCCGCCGCGGCCUGCGCGCUGCGGCCGGCGCACCGCGCUGAUCCGAUGGCAGGAGCCAGGAGCCAGGUGCUUUUCCUGGUCUCCCAUGGGGUGCAGGGCCCAAGCACCUGGGCCAUCCUCCACUGCACUCCCUGGCCACAGCAGAGGGCUGGCCUGGAAGAGGGGCAACCGGGACAGAAUCCGGCGCCCCGACCGGGACUAGAACCCGGUGUGCCGGCGCCGCUAGGCGGAGGAUUAGCCUAGUGAGCCGCGGCGCCGGCUUAUUUUGUCAUUUUUAAAGAAGUAAACAUAAAAUUCUAUUACCCAUUUCUUCAUUUCACAAUCAAUACAGUACAGUAAAUUAACUAUAGUCUUAUUUGAACAUACCAUUGUCUACCAACAGAUAAAUGUAAUUUAGGCUGCUGUAAACUGGCAAGUUGAAAAGUGAACAAGUAAAAUUAUGUUGAGGGCCUACAUAUUAAGUAACUGUUUUGGCAGUGUUUCAUCUAAAUUCAGUAUCUGUACCUGAGAGACAGAACGCGACAGCCAGAGGUAGAAAGAUGGCAGUGGUGUAGGAGGCAGCAGGUGGAUGGCCUGAGUGGCCUGCUUUUCCAUUUAGGGCUGUGUUUACCCUGCUAAGGGUAACUCAAACUGCUGGCAGGGAAUCAUUAAUGCCUGUCUUUAAAUGACCGUGUAGUAGAAGUUUAGACAAUUUAAAUAUCUCAUGCGUGGAUUUUUCAUCUCAGAGCCACUUCUCUCUCAGUAUUUUUAUGUACAGAAAAAAAUCCUUUUUUAGAAGUAUAUUAGGAUCUUAAAUUUAAAAUAAAUUAUCCUUCACAGCUUCUUAAAACAAACAUGCUAUGCUUCCAUAAGACUGCAUCUGUUACAACUAGGAGGUUUCUCACCUGUUUCUCAGUUUAAAUUGGUUUCUAGAAAUAAUCCUAGCUUUCAUACACAACGUGCUUCUAGACUCCACCUUUGCCAGUAUACUGUUGUGUAAUAAAGUGCCAGGCUUUCUGGGUCUGGGCUGCUCGCUGCUCUUCCAGCACCCCUCCCGCCUCAGCCCUGGUAACCCCAACUCACGCAGGAAGUCAGUGCCAACUUUCAUUCUGAGAAGUGGAAAUCAGUACUGGGUAAUCAAGGAGCUUUUGCCAAUUCUAAGAAAUGUUUGGGGAACCUUCCCCCUGAUUUAGGCUGGGUUUUUUGCUGUUCAUUCCGACUGAACAUUUGAUUUCUGUCAGCACUGUGCGGAUAGAACAAGGGACACUGGAUUAGACUUUACAUUCACAAGAAGAAUUGGUUGUAUUUGUUAAACCACUGAUUCCAUUCAAAUUGAAGCAGAGUAAACUGUGCAAAAUAACUUUUGUCUGAUUCGCUAGGACAGGGGUCGGGGGGAGGGUUGAUUUUGAUUAAGAGUAAAGAGGACAUUUAUUAUUAUUAUAUGAAAACUGACUUCAAAUAAAAUGGUGUAUAAAGCCAUUAAGAAAGUUGCUUGAAGGUGUCAACUGAUACAUAAAUUAAUAUAUAUAUAUAAGUACUUCAGUGCAUUUAUUUAUGUGUGUUUUCACAAAGGCAUAUGGCCACAGAGAAAAAGGAUUAUUUUAAUUACAGGAUCUGAUCAAGUCUAAUCAGAUAUCUGUGCAAAAGUCUCCAGUCUCCUGUCUCCACCACAAGUACUGCAACUUUGGAGCUAAAAGGAACUUGAAAGAUUUUAUGCAAUAUCCACUCCCCUGACUGCUGCAGGCCAGACCCAGAGGUCCCGCAACGGUAACUGAUUUAACAGUCUGGUCUUCUACAGUCUAAGUUUCCUCAUUCUCAGUGCGGUGUUCUUUGUAUUAUACUAGACCCUCAGUAAAUUAUAGCCUAGUUAAUAUCAAAUUGUGAAUUUUAGUCUCUUUCAGCUUGAGAAACGUACUCUGGCAGUGUUCUCACUUCAUAACCAUGGCCUUAGAGGAUAUCACAUAAGUUAGAAAUAAGUAGACUUCAAAAGUGUCCCCAAUUAGGACCCUGAUUCAGUGUGCCAGUCAUGCUUCCCUGACAAGACAUAGGCUUUUGUAAAGUGUUGAGGCCAACACACACGCAGCAAUGAAAACAUUCUCAACUCGUUAGAAGACUAGCUUUUAAAAGCACUUAAAGCGUAGACUUAGAAUAUGUGUCCAACUUAACAUGAGGUCGUUUCUGCUCAUAAUAUGAACAUGUAAUAGAAGUAAAGCAUUACUUGUUUCAUGAUCUUAGCAGGAGAGGAGAAGGAAACAUGAAUUUGUAACAGUGCUAUUUAAUAUCUGCAUUUUGAAUAUUUAAAAUAUUCUAAUGGUAAGGUUGCCAAAGUGGUUUUGAAUUCACAAAAAAUAUUUAUACCACAAUAAUGUGAGGAGUGUUUACAGGCUCUUUUGUUUUUUAGUAAUUAUUUUGUAGUACAGGUGAAUUUGCAUUGAAGUCAUUUGUAGUAAAUACUUUAUGGUGAAUAUUUGUUGAGAUAAACUUCUCAGUAAUAUGAUAAGACAUAGAUAAAUGAUGCCACUGCCUGCUUUUAUGUAAGCUACCGCAUCAAGAGAAUAAAUACUUUUGUCUUGGUGUUGCUUACCACCCACAUUCGUUUCAGCUAUCCUACCACAAUUUCUAGAACCAUUUUUCUGUGGUGCUUACAAUAAGUGAAAUAGCUGUGUUAUUUAAAACCAACUGGAUUAAUUUUACCAAAUAUGAGAAUGGUUGAUCUAUUGGCAAAGACUUAUUGGUGUCUUGAUGUGAUCACAAUUCACGUUGUAGCAACUGUUUUAUAAAAUUCCUAGAGAAUUAUAUAUACAUACAAAGUAAUUUACAUAAUCCUAAAACACUUUUGAAUGCCAAUUGCUAUUAGAUAACUUCAGCAAUUUUAUCAAAAGCCCAGGAAAUUAAUUCCUGAAUUAUAUGUGUUUGGUUCAACUUUUCUUUACCAUGUCUGCAACUGUUACUAACACAAUUUUUUAUUAUCUAUAGACUUAAUGUUUUCUUAGCAGCAGUUACUAAAAAGCCUUUCAAUGUUAUCAAAAACAAAAAACUUACGCCUCUUUCUGCCACAAUUAGACAUUUUAUUCUCACAGUCUUGGUGAAUUUGUGUUUAAAACGAUAGACACCAAAAAGUUGUUUCUGUUUCCAUAUAUAAAUUUGCUGCUGUUAACUUGUAUAUAUCUCUACUGCAGUGUACUGUUGGUUUCGGAAAUGUUGUUCCGUGAUUAUUUUUAUUUUAGUGAUCCAGGCUAAAUGGAAGGCUGGAAGUCAUAGCUGCGGACGUGCCGUCAGCAGCAUGGGCUAGACAGAAUUUGGUGCAGAAAUAAGUAAACCAAGUUUUUCUUUAUUUCCAAAGUAAAAGGUAUGAUAAGUUGAAAACUAAGGACUACCGUUUUAGGGGAUAAUUCAAACACUUAACUUCCUGAAACCUAUUAAAAUUUCCACUGCAAGAAUGAAAGUGUUUGAAAGCCUUGUUAAGUUCAUUAAAACUUUCAGUUAAACACUGUAGAAUUUUCCUACAUAUAGUUGUGUGAAUGAUAGAGAAAAUAUUUUUCUAUGGACAGAAGGUUGAAACUGGUAACUCUAAUUUCAUUGUUUAAAAGGGAUAAAAUGCUAUUUGUAUGUCUUUCGUGCUGUAAAGAAAAUGAAUGUAUCUUUCAAAUGAUGACUCGAGUCUAAGGAUGCUUUGUAAAGUCCGGAAAGGAUUGAGAGGAGAAAGGGAAGGUCGUUGUGCUUCGUUACACCAAAUGUAAUUUUAGGAGAAAAAUCCUUUUCCAUUAUAAGCAAGAGCAGUCUCACCGAAGCGUAUUUCAAAUACAGUGCGCGUUCUUUGUCACUGUGCUUUGGUUGGGCUCUACUAGAAGCUGCAAAAGCUUUGCACACACUGUUUCUCGGUGUAAAAUAACUGACGUCUAGCUGUCUGCGGGUGGAAGGGUGUUGGUGUGUUUCCAGUGGAGGAGAGGUCCCAGGCUGUGGCACAGUGGCAGCCCCAAGUGAGGCCAUUGCUGUGAGAAGCCAGAAAACGGUGCCUCCGAUUCGCUGCAGUUACUUGGUGCCGAGGCCCCCAACCCAGCAAGUGGUUUUGCCUUUUUAUCGGCAGUGCUGUGGACACGCAAGGCCAUGAGCCCCACUGUGGCCUGGAGCAGCGGAGCUCCGUGUGCUCUAGGGUUCAGUAAUUCACCUGAACAAAACCCUUUAUUUUAAAACAACUUUCGACAGCUUCGUUCAAAAGUUGCAUUUAUUAUUUAUCACUCCAGCUGGAGUCAGUGGAGACUUCCAUUAUUUUGGUUCCUGCUUCAAAUCCCCAGCUUGUUACAGAUCACUAACCAGACUGUAAAGUAAACAUCCUGAGAACUUUAAGGUGAUACUUCCUUUACUUUUGCUGCAGAUGUUAAAGGAUUAGCGUCAGGUGCCGUCAACCCUGGGAGUUGGCAAAAUUUAGCAAACUGUAUUUGUGAUAACCUCAAAUUAAGUGCCAUGUUGCUAAAUCAUUACCAGGAAGCCAUGGGAGUUAGCCUUAGGCCCGUAGUUGGUGAUCUGUGGUUUCCCCGUGUCCACUGCAAUCACAAUUCAGCCCAUUUUAGCUUUUAUUUAAAGAAGCUUUUUUUUAACGUUUGUACUCCAAAAUGUAGUAUUCCAGUUACUCGCCUUCCUGGGCAAGAAAAUUCCAGCCCAAUUCUGGGAUUCUCUGGCACACCCAUCUUUUCCCAUCCUUCAGUGAGUUGGCAAGAUUUGUUCAUUCUUGUAUUCUGUAGAGUAGGUCAGAUUUCAAUGCUAAGAUUGAUUUCUUGAAUUUCAAAUAGUAGCACUUUAUUUCAUGCUUACUACUGACCUAAUUUAUACAAUAAAAAGUGAAAUUUAUCCUAGCAGUUUUGUAAAUAUGGGGGGAGAGGGCAGAGUGAAUUAGUAUUAGAGAGCGUUAGAUUGGACCCAGGUUUGAAUGCUUUAUGAUGAUCUCUUGAUAGCUCAUUUGGUAUUUAAGAGCUGACUUUCUAUGAUCUUAGCUUUGCCACUUUUCUGUAAUUUAUAUAAUACCAUAAAGGCUACCCAGUUGGCUGUGUUGCUGGGCUCCAUUGUCUCAGCUCGCUCCAGCAAAGUUUGGUUUACCAUAAUCAUUUCUGCUUUGCAGCUUUUGUACAUUACAUGAAUACUUGGAAAGCUGUUUGUUUUCAGUGUAGUACCCAGGGGUUGAGCAGAUACUGCACCACAAGAAAGUAAGGGGCAGAAGACCCCAUGCUUUUUAUAUAUAUGUCGAGGGCAGGAUUUUAGAAGCUGAAACAGUUUACAUUAAGCUGUUUUCAUUUUCUACCAGUAGAAUGUAUCUGCUUGCACAGUGAAAACUGUCCAGCCCAUGUUCCCCAGCAUCGGGACUUUGAUUGCAGUUCGAAUCUAUGUUGAAAUCUUUUCAAAUAAGAAAAGCUAGUCUUUAUUUUCUACAGUGUAGGCUUUUAGGACUAAUAGUUUAUACUCAUCAACGAUAUUUUUAAGCAGUUUUCAAAUAAUUAUUUCUAUGUAGAGGGUGUUUUAAUUUGGGAUUUUUUUUGUAAUAGGUGCUAUAUGUAAAUACGAAGGGGGAAAGUCACUUAGUUAAAAUCUAGUUUAUUUCCUACUUACAAUAUGAUUUUACAUUUCUGUCACCAUUUAUUGGUUGGUUCUACUAAACUUAGUGGCAAAUGGAAUUCACUAGCCCUUUCAUUUUUCAGGCUCACUUUCCCCCAUUUCAUGAAAAGCUCCUUUUCUGUAUGGUUUGUUCUCAUAAUUAAGAGACAGGGAAGCUAAGGAUUUAUUUAAAAUGUGUAAGUUUGAAUUUGGUCAACACUGGAUAAUUUGAAGUCAUCCCUAUGCAUUUGUCACCACGGCUUCCUGUGUGCUUGAAAGGCCUUGUGUAUGUCUUCAUUUCAAUGAAAAAUGAGAAUCCUGCCAUUAAUUGGGGUUUCAGAUAUUUACACAUUCUAACAACAAAUGGGAUAAAAAUGCUGGUCUUCAUUAAAACUGUUUUAGUCUGAAGAAGAAUUUGUGUUCUGUGAAAUGGUAUUAUUACACGUGUUUUGUUGACCAUGUUUCAUUUUGAUUGAAAAAUAGUUUUUCAGGUACAAACGUGAAAACAUCUCUAGCUGUGACUCUUCAUGUUCAAUUGCAAAAUAAAGAUGUGCUUUAGUCACCUCAA